CUUUAAAACGAGGUUGUUUUGCUUCAGCUGCUUGUUGAGGAUCUGCAGCCCGACAGGAGAAUACACACAGGUUAAAUCUGAGAGCGGAGGCAGAUCCAGCGCUCGUAUGUUGGUGAUAGAAGAUGAAAGAGCAUGAUUUGGGAAAGGACAGCCUGGCCGCUGGUUCUGGCUACAGGGCCGUUCCUUCCAGAGACGUUCUGCCGGGAAACGAGGUGGACCACUAUCAGCUCUCUAACGUCCAGGAUGCUCUGGAGACCGCGGGCAGGGCUGAAGGCGGGUUCACCCUGGACGCAGGGAGCGUUUCUCACUCUAAAGAGCUGGAGGAGGACGCAGGGCGGAGCAAGUACCACCACAGCGUGGGUGUCCUCAAGCCCUUCAGAUCAACCAGCAAGCAUCAGCAUCCAGUGGACAAUGCUGGCCUCUUCUCUUUUAUGACUUUUAACUGGCUCACUCCACUGGCCUUACUGGCACAUAAGAAGGGUCAGCUGUUCUUGGAGGAUGUGUGGGCUGUGUCACAGUGGGAAAGCUGCGAGACUAACCGCAAACGGCUGACAGGGCUGUGGGAGGAGGAGCUGAGUCUGAAAGGAGACCAGGCCUCUCUUCAUCAUGUCGUCUGGCUUUUCUGUCGAACCCGUCUGCUGCUGUCUAUCCUGUGCCUCAUGGUCACGCAGCUCGCCGGCUUCUGCGGCCCAGCGUUUGUGGUGAGGAGGCUGCUGGAGUACACGCAGCGGAGCGAGCCGGACCUGCCCUACGGCCUGGUGCUGGUGCUGGGCCUGCUGGCCACUGAGAUGGUCCGCUCCUGGUCCCUAGCCCUUACCUGGGCCCUCAACUACCGCACCGGGACUCGCCUGCGUGGAGCCAUCCUGACCAUGGCCUUCCAAAAGAUCCUGCGGCUGCGCAGCCUGCGCGAGAAGUCCAUCGGAGAGUUGAUCAACAUGUGUUCAAAUGAUGGACAGCGCAUGUUCGAGGCUGCAGCCAUGGGCAGUCUGCUGGCAGGAGGUCCCCUGGUGGCUGUGUUGGGGAUGGCCUACAACCUCUCUGUGCUUGGACCUACUUCUCUACUGGGCUCUGCUGUGUUUAUUCUCUUCUACCCUACUAUGAUGUUCAGCUCCAGGCUGACGGCCUACUUCAGGAGGAAGGGAGUGGCUGUUACCGACCAGCGAGUUCAGAAGAUGAAUGAGAUCCUGAACUACAUCAAGUUCAUUAAGAUGUAUGCCUGGGUCAAGGCUUUCUCACAAGCUGUGCGAAGAAUACGAGAUGAAGAGCGACAAAUCCUGGAGCGCACCGGAUAUUUCCAAAGCAUAACUGUGGGUGUGGCUCCCAUCGUUGUGGUGAUUGCUAGUGUCGCCACAUUCACCACCCACAUGUUGUUGGGUUAUGACCUCACUGCUGCACAGGCAUUUACAGUCGUAACAGUGUUCAACGCCAUGACCUUUGCUCUGAAAGUCACUCCGUUCUCAGUGAAGUCCCUCUCUGAAGCGUCCGUAGCCAUGGAGAGGUUCAAGAGCGUUCUUAUGAUGGCGGAGGUGAAGUCGAUCCGUGAGCUCCCACAGAAACCGAACGCUGCGGUGGAGCUGAGCGGGGCGAGUCUGGCCUGGGACACGGCGGGACACAGCGCCCAGCCCACCCCCCGCGGGACGCCGUACGUCGGCCUGAGCCAGAGAGUCGCUCGCAAGAAGCGCCAGCAGAAAGGGAACGCAAAGAAUUGUGGGAUGGGAGAGGAUGAGCAGGACAGGGACCUGUUUACUGACAUCACCGGGGACACGCCCUCUGCUGUGGAAGACCACACCCUCCAUGUGCCAACCAUCAGCCAACGGCUGCAGAGGACUUUACACUGUAUUGACCUCACUAUAGAACAGGGUAAGCUGGUGGGAAUCUGUGGUAGUGUGGGAAGUGGAAAAACCUCCCUCAUCUCAGCCAUCCUCGGCCAGAUGACUCUGCUGGAGGGAACGGUGGCCGUUAAUGGAAAUUUUGCGUACGUGGCUCAGCAGGCCUGGAUCGUUAACGCCACACUACGCGACAACAUCCUGUUUGGGAAGGAGUUUGAGGAAGAGAGGUAUCAGGCAGUUCUGAGCGCCUGCUGUAUGAGACCAGACCUGGCCAUACUUCCAAAUGCUGAUCUUACCGAGAUCGGUGAGCGAGGUGCUAAUCUGAGUGGUGGGCAGCGGCAGCGGAUCAGUCUGGCCCGGGCUCUGUACAGCGACCGGAGCAUCUACAUCCUGGAUGACCCUCUGAGUGCCCUGGACGCCCAUGUGGGAAACCACAUCUUCAACAAUGCUAUUAAAAAGCAGCUGCGUGGCAAGACCAUCAUCUUCGUUACUCAUCAGCUGCAGUAUUUGGUGGACUGUGAUGACGUGAUCUUCAUGCGUGAGGGAAAUAUCACAGAGCAGGGUACUCACGAAGACCUGAUGAACCUCAACGGAGACUAUGCGGCCAUGUUCAACAAUCUGCAGCUCGGGGAAGCUCCUUUCAUUGAGGUGCCUAACAAAACUUCUGGGAGUUCCCUGAAGAAACCCUCUGAAAACACCAAAGCAGGGUCUGGGAAAAAGGAGAAACCACCCAGUAAUGAUAAUGGUCGGCUGAUGCAGGUGGAGGAGCAGGGUAAAGGCUCGGUGCCCUGUGCAGUGUAUGGAGUUUAUAUCCAGGCUUUAGGCGGCCUGCCCGUCUUCUUCAUGAUCAUGACCCUCUUCGUCUUUAACGUGGGCAGCACUGCCUUCAGUAACUGGUGGCUGAGCUACUGGAUCAAACAGGGCAGUGGGAACACCACAGUGAUGGUGGGGAACAGCUCGAUGCUGAGUGAGAGCAUGCGGGACAAUCCUCUGAUGCAGCACUACGCCGCUGUCUACACCAUGUCCAUGGGCAUUAUGCUUCUCCUCAAGUUCCUCAGAGGCAUCGUCUUUGUGAAGGGAACUCUGCGUGCCUCCUCUAAUCUCCAUGAGGAACUCUUCAGAAAGAUCCUUCGCAGCCCUAUGAAGUUCUUCGACACCACACCCACAGCCCGUAUUCUCAACCGAUUCUCCAAAGACAUGGAUGAAGUGGAUACACGUCUACCAUUCCAAGCCGAGAUGUUCAUCCAGAACCUGAUCCUGGUGCUCUUCUGUCUGGGAGUGAUUAGCAGUGUGUUCCCCUGGUUCCUGGUGGCCGUGGGACCGCUGGUGCUCCUCUUCACCCUGCUGCACGCUGUCUCACGGGUCUUUAUACGUGAGCUCAAACGUCUGGAUAACGUCACACAGUCGCCCUUCCUGUCUCACAUCGCCUCCAGCAUCCAGGGCCUGAGCACAGUGCAUGCUUACGGGAAAGGAGACGAGUUCCUUAAAAGGUAUCAGGAGCUGCUGGAUCAGAACCAGGCUCCGUUUUACCUGUUCAGCUGUGCGAUGCGCUGGCUGGCCGUGCGUCUGGACGUGAUCAGCGUGGCUCUCAUCAGCAUCACGGCUCUGAUGAUCGUUCUGAUGCAUGGACAGAUUCCACCGGCCUACGCAGGCCUGGCUAUAUCAUACGCUGUACAGCUGACAGGACUGUUCCAGUUCACCGUCCGUCUGGCCUCUGAGACUGAAGCUCGCUUUACCUCAGUUGAGAGAAUCCACCACUAUAUCAAGUCUCUGUCACUCGAGGCUCCAGCACGAGUGAAGAACAAGGCCCCGCCUCCAGAGUGGCCCCAGGAGGGUGAGGUGGUGUUUGAUGGGGUAGAGAUGAGGUACAGAGAGAACCUCCCACUGGUAUUGAAGAAACUGUCCUGCACCAUCCGGCCCAAGGAGAAGGUUGGGAUCGUGGGUCGAACAGGUUCAGGGAAGUCCUCACUGGGCGUAGUUCUGUUCCGGCUGGUGGAGCCGUGCGGUGGCACCAUUAACAUAGACGGCAUCAACAUCUGUGACAUCGGACUUGCUGAUCUACGCAGCAAGCUCUCCAUCAUCCCACAGGAGCCUGUGCUCUUCAGUGGCACUGUGAGGUCUAAUCUUGAUCCAUUUAACCAGUAUUCAGAGGAACAAAUCUGGGAUGCUUUAGAGAAGACGCACAUGAAGGAGUGUGUGUCUCAGCUGCCUCUAAAGCUGGAGUCGGAGGUUGUGGAGAACGGGGAGAACUUCUCGGUGGGUGAGAGGCAGCUGAUAUGUGUGGCGAGAGCACUGCUCAGACAGUGCAAGGUCCUGAUCCUGGACGAGGCUACUGCUGCUAUGGACACGGAGACGGACGCUCUUAUUCAGGAGACGAUUCGCAAUUCAUUCCAGGACUGCACUACGCUGACCAUCGCACACAGAGUGCACACCGUGCUCAACUGUGACCGUAUUAUGGUGCUGAACCAGGGCCAGGUGGUGGAAUUCGACGAGCCGUCCAGACUCCUGGCCAAUGAAAACUCUCGAUUCUGCGCCAUGCUGGCUGCAUUGGAGAACAAGAUCUCCGUGAGGGGCUGAAGAAAGGGAAACGUGCGCUCGUUUUUACGACAGAGGGAACAUCCUUCACUGAAUAUGAAUAUGAAUAGUCCAGCCAUUGGUGCUUCACUGCCAGUGGCAGUGGUGGCGGUGGCAGCAGUGGAGGGGCAGUACAUGUAACGUGUCUCCAUUGCGAGACUGAAAGAUGGACUGUUGGUCUGCUGAACGUGUUUGUUCUGCUUGUUCAGACACAAGCACUACUUGCUACUUACUUACUACUUACUACUUGCUACUAACUAAUCGUCAGCUGAAAUGGUCAGGUCACCAAGCACUGAUACUGUAAUGAUAUUUUGCAUUAUAGAAAUCUAUAAACAUGUUUAAAAAAAGGCAAAGAAAAAAUGCAAAAACGAAACAAAAACACGAGGAGGACAUUGUUUUUCAUGUAGCUCCAUUCAUGCAGACUGGUGUAGUUUCAUAGAGUAUAUAUAUAUAAAUAUAAAUAUCUAUACAUAUAUGAUUAUAUAUAUUUACACUGCGGGCGGGGGAUGGGUCUAUACAGAGUCGUUUUUUUUGCACUGGCUCUGUUUUUUGUGUAUGUAACAUAUACAAUAUGUCUCAUUUACACUGUUUCAUAACCAUUAUUGUUGUUAAAUAACUUUAUUUUUAUUUUAUUUUCAUUUUUUUUGCCAACUUGACUCGUCUUGGGUUUUGGGUAUGAUGUGUGUGUGUGGGUUUGUGUGUCCUGUGACAUUUUGUGACUUGAACCUUGUCUGAAUCCUGAAUCUGAAUUAUUCUUUUCUUUUCUUUAAUUUUAUUUCUUUAUCUUUUUUCAGUCUGUGGGAAGUUAUGGAUUAUGGGAUGGCACUGAGUAGACGGGAAGUGUUUUUCUAAAUAGAUAAAAGUAAAAAUAAUAAUAAAAACAGUGCUGCUUAUUCGCUGAACCCUUGCUGCGCACAGCGAGGGUGCAGCCUCGUCUUAGUGAAGAGGCCUUGUACAUGUACAGUACGCUCAUUUAUUUCCACUGUAUUUUUGUUUUUGCUUCUUUUUUUUUUUUUGAAGGGUGGGUGGGGGCGGGGCCUGAUGUUAUUAUUUUUAUCUUAACUUUUAAUUUUUAAUUUUUGUUUUGGACUGUCUCUGCACUUUCACACAGACAGAAGAGCAGCUCGCCAGCGCCGCCUGCUGGUAGGCAGACUCUCUGACUGUUAUUUCCAUAUAUACAGUAUACUGUAUUUUUUAAAGAUGCUUUCAAGCACAAUCAGUGUAUCUCAGACCAAGUUCUCAUUGGUCAAGGCAGGCUUUGCUCUGCUUUGGUUUGCUUUUAUUGUUAUUUUAAUAUUUUGUUUCGUUAUUUUAUUGUUUUAUUUAAUUAUGCGUGGGUCUAUCACAGCUAAGCCGUGUCGGCUGACUCCUGUAUCAGGUGGUGAAGGUCAUCUGUGGUCUGAAGGUGGAUGAAUCCAUUUUUUUAUUUUAUUUAGUGUGUUCUUCGUACAUUCCUCCUCAGAAGAUCCAGCAGAAACGUCUGUCCACCCCGUCGUUUCCAUUACCUUCCAUAGCCUUAGCAUGAUUUCUGAAUUGCCUUGUAAAUGGGGUGAUAAAGGAGAUGAGCAGAAGAGAAGAGAGGAGAGGAGAGCAUCUCUCUGUUGUAUCAAUAAAAUUAUUUUAGGUUUA